CUCCAACACGGCUUCGACUAGGUACGGCUUCGUAUAUUUCCCCUUCGUUCAAGCUCAACCAAAGAAACAGAGCACCAGCCUCCGCCGCCGCCGCCGUCGCGUUUCUCCCCCUCGUGCCUCGUUCGACGACCAGGAUGCAGCCGCCGCUCGGCAAGAAGACGAAAGGGCGGCAGCGCAGAGAGAACCGGCUGGUGGAGGACAGGGAGUCCCGGCAGGUGACCUUCUCCAAGCGAAAGUCCGGGCUCUGGAAGAAGGCCUCCGAGCUCGCCGUGCUCUGCCGCGCCAGCCUCGCCGUCGUCGUGUUUUCCGAGGCCGGCAAAGGGUUCGCGUUCGGCAGCCCCUCCACCGACGCCGUCUUGGGCUACGCCGGCUACGGCGAAGCCAAUGUCCCUGCUGCCGCGGACGACGUGGAGUGGGAGGCCCUGGAGGCGCUGUGCCAGGAGACGGAGAAGAACGGCCUGGAGGUGGCCGCGGAGGCCGCGCGGAUGAGCGCCGUCGGGAAGAAGGUGGUGGACGUGCAGACGCAGGAGGGGAAGCGGUUCUGGUGGGAGGCGGACGUGGAGGCGCUCGGGGAGGCCGAGCUGCCGGAGUUCGCCAGGGCGCUCCAGCGCCUCAGGGACAACUUGCGCCGCCGCGCCGACAGUCUGAUGUCCGCCCUACCGCCGCCGUAGUCCAGGCUAGGUUACGCAUCU